AUGAACAAUACAACAAAAGUUCUUGGAACCGCUAUCGAAAACAUCCAUUAUACUAUCAAGAACAUCAAUGGUGCAUUGACGAACCCAAGAAAACGGACUCCAUUGACACAUGACAUAACAACCAAAUUUACUCCAGAAAGCAUCAAAAAAGUCAAAACAACACAGACUAAUGGACAACUUGAAGCAUCAAAUGAAUCGUCAUCAAAGCCCCACAAAAUACUUUCAACAGGGUCAUUUGUUGAAUUGAGGCAAAAAAGUGGAUAUUAUUUGGAUAAGACUCACUUCAUUUCUAAAAUAGAAAAUCUUAAUGCCCAUGCCAUACUUUCUCUGCAUCCCCGUCACUUCGCAACCUCAUUCCUAGUUCUGGAGCUCAAUUUUUCUGGAAUUCGCACUGAUGCAACAUAUGACAUCUUUGAGGAUAGUUUUCACAAACAUGCUUUGACAAACUUAUUAAGGUUGCUGAAUGCAAUAGAAUUAUGUGGUUACAAGACUGUUUGUGAUAGAGGCAUAGUUUAUGUGUUCCAAACUGGUGUAACCCCUGUUGCUAUGUCCGAAUUUACCUCAGGGUUCAAUAUUUCAACAGAUUUAGCACUAAACGAAGAAUUUUGGGACUUACAUGGAUUCAAGCAAUCAGAAGUUGAACUUCUUUUGGACAAUGCUCUUGGAAGUAAUCUGCCAUCUGAUAUUAAGAAGGGGAUAGUAAAAUGGUUAAAAGAGGAAAAUGAUGGAUAUUUUUUUAAUCCUAACCAAGCUGAGGGUAUAUUUAACACUGCUCAUAUUCUGUACUGUAUUCAUAUGUUGAUUGGGCAAAUAAAAUUUAUAAGAUACGGUGAAGAUUCUUCAAGCAUUAUCAAAAAAUUUCUUCAUUUCCCCCCUGAUCCGAACACAUUGCCUUCCCAAACAAUAUUGGAAUUAAUUGUCAACAAUCCCCUUGGAAAAUCUAUCCUUACUGAAGCACUCAAUCAAAGUCCUCUUGAAUCAAGAAACGGUAUAGAACAACGAUUUUGUCUCACUAGCAUUUGUGAGCUGGCAACUGACCGCAACCCUUAUUAUCGUUCAUGUUUUAUACCGAGAGAGUUUAUUGUGGAGGUGCUAAAAAUCUACAACUGGAAAGAAGAGGAUUUAAUACCUGUACGAAGUUGCUUACAGAUUUUGGAGGCAGAAUGUGACAUUGAACUGCUCUGCCGAUUUGUAGAGGAAACUCUACUUAAGCCAUUAAAAGACAAUAGCGUUAAACAUUCAAAUGAAGAGGCCUUGAAGCAAUCGUUUAUGGACACUUUAAUUCUCACUCUUCACGCAGAUAUUGAGCCAGAAUUUCGGGUAAAUUCUCAGAGCUAUAAUUUAGGUAAUAAGGCAAUUGAUUUAGUGAAAACAAGUACUGGAGGAAGGAUAGCAAUCGAAUUCAAUAAUAUUAGGAUGGAAUACAUCAACCUAAACGGAGCUCAAAGUACAUGGCAGGAAGCAACACAAGUAUCACGAUCAUUGAUGACGAAAACAGAGGAUGAAAUUCUAAGCCUUAAAAUUAGUGAUCCAUUCCAACCAAACCAAAAUUCAGUUCAUCAAGCUUUAGAAUGGAAGAUUAAUAAGAAAAGCUAUGAGUAUUUAGAGCUGUUAAAAAAAUGA